AUGGUCAACUCACUUCCAUUUGGCGGCCAGCAAGUCCCUGUCCCCGGCUUUGGCGCCAUGGGUCUGAAUUCUGCCAUGGGGAGCGACUUGGACCUCGAACAGGCUGAGCCGGUCCUCUUGAAAGCAGUCGAACUCGGCUGCACAUUUUGGGAUACAGCAGUUGCCUACAAGAAUGGCGCAAACGAGAAGCUGCUUGGGGACUUAUUAAGAAGCACAAUGUCCGUGACAAGCUCUUUGAUAUUUCGAAUGACUAACUCAGCAGCUCACAUCAAGGAAUACAUCGAGGGGACAAUUGAUAGGCUUGGUUUUACUCCUGACCUCUACUAUCUCCACAGAAUCGACCCUAAUACCCCUCUCGAGGAGUCCAUUGGUGCCCUAGAUGAACUCCGCCGCGCUGGAAAAGUCAAAUACAUUGGGCUAUCUGAAUGCUCUGCUGAGACCUUGCGCAAGGCAAACUCGAUCGCCAAGAUCGAUGCCAUUCAAGCCGAGUACUCGGCUUUUGAGACACUACACGAGACCAAUUGUCUUAUCGACACAGCCAAGGAAUUGGGGGUGGCAUUUGUGGCAUUCAGCCCGUUAGGACACGGCUGGCUUGUGGAUGACUUUGAGUUCAAGUCCCCGGAUGACUUUGCGCCUGAUGAUUUCCGACGCACUGUCCCCAAGUUCCAGGGCGAAAAUUUCUACAAAAAUAAGGCAAUCGUGGAUGAGAUCAAGCAAUUAGCGACCGCAAAAGGCUGCACAGUUGCGCAGAUCGCGCUGGCUUGGGUUGCCGCGCAGGGAUUGAUUGCUAUCCCAGGCACGACCAAAGCCUCACGCCUGGAAGAGAACUGGGCAUCUCGAGAUGUCGUGUUGACGGAAGAGGAGUUGAAGGCGAUGCGAAAGAUUGUGGACGAUGCUAAGCCGGUUGGAGAGAGAUUCUCUCCUAUCUUCCAGUCGAUGGUCGGUCACUAG